AUGAAGUACAUAAUCAUUCUCGCUCUCAUCGGUGUCGCCGCUGCCCAAUUCGGAGCUGGAUUAGGAGUCAGGCCCGGCCUUUACGGAUCUAGCGUCAAUGCUCAAACUCAAUUCGGAGGACGCGGGGGAUACCCACCACAGUACGGAGGCCAAUUCCGAGGAAACGGUCAGUACGGAGGACAACAGUACGGAGGACAACAAUACGGAGGACAAUACGGAGGACAACAAUACGGAGGAGGACAAUACGGUGGACGCGGAGGACAAUACGGAGCCAACGCUGGAUUAGGAGUCCACGGUAACGGAGGAGGAUUUGUCGGACGUACUCUUGGAGGAGUUCUCGGAUAA